CCCUGAAGGCGGGUGGCUCUUUACCGUUGUGUUCGCAAGCCUCCGCGUGGUGGUCUAGGUGGGCGGAAGCGAUUUGCACCGCGGCCCCCACCCGAGAAUAAGUUCUGUAUCCCUUUUCAUCAUAUGACUAGAAAUGAUUGACUCCGUCAGAAUAAGAAGACAGUGCAGCCUGGAUUUUUACUCUCAUUAUGAGCACCUCUGUGCAAUUCAAGGCUGUGCCCCUCUAGCAUCUGUGAAAGCCAAGACGCCUCAUGGUGUUCUUGAUCUAAAUGCGGAUCGUAUCAGAGCUGCUGACUGGGGACCCCUCCUAAAUGCUGUCAGGCACAACAAGACUUUGACAUCUAUUGCUAUAAGGAGCUUUCAUCAUCAAGGGCAUGGAGAUUCAGGUGUUGAACGGCCAGGACCACAUAUAAGAAGAAGAAUUCCAGCAAUUCGAUCUAAAGACUUGACAGGCCAUCUAUGUAAAGCUAUCAAAGGUUGUUUGAUGAUAUCAAGUACCCUGGGAAAUCUGGAACUACAGGGACUGCUUUUGAGAGAAAAAGAUUUAAUAUUGUUGACGAAAGGGUUGGCUAACACAUCAUCUUUAGAGAGACUAUCUUUAGCAUACUCACCAAUUGGUGAUGGAGGUUUGGAAAUAAUUUGUCAGGCUGUGAAGAAUUCAGCUUGCAUCAAAUCCAUAGAUUUUACAGGAUGUAAUUUGACUUGGCGAGGAGCAGAACACAUGGCCAGCAUCUUGAAGGGCUGCACACACCUGAACGAACAUGCCAAAGCAGUAAGAUCAGCAAUCAGAGGCCCUGCUCUCUGGCCCACCAGCAAAAGAUGGCAGCACCAGGCAAUGAAAAGACAUGGUGAAGCUUGGGCUGAGAGCCUGCGGUAUAGGAGACCUGACUUGGAUUGCAUGGCUGGUUUGAGGCGGAUCACUGUGAACUGCAACACGCUUAUUGGUGACCAAGGUGCUAUGAUUUUAGCUGAAUGCCUUGGAGAAGAUCUGUGGUUAAAAGCACUUGAUUUGCAGCAAUGUGGAAUUACCAAUGAGGGAGCAAAAUCAUUCCUGGACGCAUUUAAGACUAAUACAACACUAGUGGUUCUAGACAUCAGAAAAAAUCCAUUAGUAGAUCAUGCUUUAAUGAAGAAAAUAAUUGAAAAAGUCCUUAUGAAUGCAGAUGGAACUAAUCCAGAGUACAAGUGGCUGCCAUCUCCAUCCCCAAAAGAUGUUAAAAAUAAACCUAAAAAAAGAACAGUUGUCUUGGGAAAUGGCAGGAAAGGAAAAGCUACUAUUCGUAUAGGAUUUUCUUCCAAAAAAUCCUUAAGUCCUGGUAAGAUGAUUUCAUGUGAUCAAGACAGCUGUACUGCAAAAGCAUUACCCCCAGAUACACAUGGCUUUCUACCCUGGCGCACAGCUGAACGUGCAAAGCGACGCAGGGCUUCAUCUGGGAAGAAAACUCAUGAAUUUCCAUUGCACAUCCAGGCUGGUAUUCCUGUGAAAGUUACAGUGGAAAGUGCUUCUACAUCAGAAACAGAGACAGAUGGUGCCAUAGAGGAUGCUGUCUGUAAAACUGAUCCUCCAAAGGCUACAGAAAUAAUGAACCUGAAACAAUGCCAGCAGUUACAGAUGGAUUAUGAAGAAUGUAAAUUAAGAUUAAAAGAAGAACGAAAAGCAAGAGUUACUGCUGAAGAACGGAUAAUGGAGCUAGAAGUGGAAAAUUCCAGAUUACGGAAUCUGAACAGCUCUCUGUCAGAAGUUCUCCAUGCACAGUCAGUAGCCAGCACAAUUCUGGAAGAUGAAGGAGUUCUGGGCAGCAUUGAGAGCUCUUUUCAAAAGUUUCAUGCAUUUUUAGAUCUUCUUAAAGACGCUGGGCUUGGACAGCUUGCAGCAAUGGCUGGGAUAGACCAAUCAGAUUUUGGCUUAUUACAUCACCCCCAGAUGAGUUCAACUCUAGCUAAACCUGCAAUAACACAAAAAGAGAAAUCAUUUGAAGAAGAAAGACAAGAGCACAUGGAGAAUUUCAAAAAUGCUGGAUCAGCUGCCCUUCCUGGCCCCACCUACUUCCAGUCUAAUUUAGGUCUAAGUCAAAGUGCAAAUAAUGUCCUGCCUGUUACAACAAAAGUGCAAGAGCUUCAGGCCAUUGGUCAGCCCCCACAAAGCUUAUGGAAAGACAUUGAAGGAAAAAUUGGCAGUUGGAAAAUGGAAGAAAAUGCAUCAAAAAUCAUCCAGGAGGAACCUUCUGAAAAGUGUGGCCAACCUGUGAAAUUGGAAGCAAGAGAUUCAUCUGUGAGGCAACCAGUUACUAGUCAGCAUUCAAUCUCUGAUUCCAGUGUAAAUGUGUGUGGUGGGUAUAGCAACAAAUUCAGUGCCCCAACUAGUGAAAACAGUAAAGUAACUUCAAAAAGACUUCCUUAUACUGCAAACUUUGCUGCUAGAGGAGAUCAAAGUAUACAUCAAAGUGCUCCCUCUAGAAAUGACACAAUAGCGUCUGAUUCUGAAAUACGAGAAAGCAUCCAUUCUAUGGCAAGUGUUUGAAAAAACCAUUCCAGUGGGGAGCGUGUUCAGAUCCAUGCACUGUGUGGGUCUUUUGAAAGAAGUGUAUCCUUAAACUAUAUGCAACAACCUAUACUCUGUGGGGCUGUUUUAUGUCUGUUUUCUUGCUGUAUGUCUUAGCAAGAAUACAUUGGCAAUUUCCAAAAGAAUUGAUUGUACAUUUUCAUUGUAUAUGAUUUUAUAAAGGAACUCAUUUGAUGAAAUCAUUUUAAUGUAUAAUUCUAAUGUGAGUAAUGUUUAAAAAUGAUUACAGUUCCAAGUGAAUAAAAUGACAAAAUGAUUCUUUUUUAAUACCUAAUGUUAUAUAAAAAGUUAUUCAUCAACAAAUUGGAUUUCC